GCAGGACAAAGUGGGCCGUCUUUUAAAAUAGAUGAGCUUUGGUUCAGCGAAGUCGACGUCAUGAUGUAAAGCUCCUGUUUGCUGGUGUCGGAACAGAGGAGCACGGCGGACCGGGCCCAAAUUUUCCGUACGAAUACUUUGAACGAACCGCUUUUUAGGAAUGGCCGAAGGAACCAUCAGACCCGAACUCCAUCCACCACCGAACGGAACCGCUUUCUUAUCCGGAACUUGCUCGGCCGUGCCGGAGUCUGAACCGGGUGACGGCGAGGGCAGAGCACGCGUGAGCAGCGCGCGGUGCCCGGGUGAGGACAAGGGCGGCCAGAACCCGCCUGCCUGUCAGCCCACCGAACCGGCGAACGGAGAGGAACCCGACGCUCACCCCCCUGAGCCCCGCGGGGGGAGCCGGGCUCGGGCGGGCUUGUGUUACCGCGUGGAGGGCGCGCGGGUGCCUGAAGGAGAACAAAGAGCGCCCAGAAGGUGCAUAGAAUCCGCGGAAGGGCACGAGCGCGGUACCGAUAGCCAGGCUGGCACCGAGCUGGGCUCACUGGACAGGGAGUCGCCCUGCCGAGUGGAUUCCGAAGACAGUAUCAGCUCCACCUUGAUGGACAUGGAGAGCACUGCGUCCAGCGGGCGCUCGACGCCCGCCAUGCUCAGUAGCCAUGAUGGGGGUGUGACGGCGGCGGCCUCAACAGUUUCAGGUGGAAAGUCCCUGAACUACACCUGCUUCUGGGACGAAUGCCAGCUGGUGUUCUCCAGCAGCCCGGACCUGGCAGAACACAUCCGAGCUUCACACGUGGACCGGCAGAGGGAGGGGGUGUUUGUGUGUCUGUGGAAGGGCUGUAAGGUGUACAACACUCCGUCCACCAGUCAGAGCUGGCUCCAGAGGCACAUGCUGAGUCACAGCGGAGACAAGCCCUUCAAGUGUGUGGUGGGGGGGUGCAGUGCCACGUUCGCCUCCCAGGGGGGGCUUGCCCGCCACGUGCCCACCCACUUCAGCUCCCAGGGCUCCUCCAAAGCAUCCAGCCAGGGCAGAGUGAAGGAGGAGUCUCCGUCCAAGGCGGGCCACAAGAGGAGGAAGCUCCGGAACAAAUACAGACGCUCCCUUCCCAGACCCCACGACUUCUUUGAUGCUCAGACGAUGGACGCCAUCCGCCACCGAGCCAUCUGUCUCAACCUGGCCACGCACAUCGAGAGCCUGGGCAACGGGAACAGCGUGGUGUUCCACAGCAAGGUCAUAGCCAGAAGGAAGGAGGCCUCUGGGAAGGUGAAGUUUCUGUUGCACUGGACACCUGAGGACAUACUACCAGAUGUUUGGGUGAACGAGAAUGACCAACUGCAAAUGAAGACCAAAGUGGUUCACCUGUCCAAGCUGCCUGCUGACACCGCUGUGCUGCUGGACCCCACCCUCUACAGGAUGUUCUUAUGACCCGUCCUUGUGAACGCCGCCUCCUUCUCCCGUCACCCUUUUCUUGUUCCUCCUGAGCAAUCCUGGGUUGAAGUGAAGUUUUAUUUGAAUGUUCUUAGGUUCUGAGCUGACUAAAGUUGUAAAUAACUCCAUACAGAUUUGUAAUAUAUUUUUAUAUUUUUUUUUAUUGGAACUGUAGAUUGUUUUUUUUUUAAACAAAUAAAUGUUAGAAACUUAUGUUUGUCAAAUAUUUCUAUAGAGAACCCCAGUCUGGAAUAUUAGUCAUUUAGGUAAAUAAUUAAUUUAUUUAGUUAUUUAUUUUCUCACCAGAUAACUCUUGGUAGGAGAGGAUGGAUUUGGAGUUUGUGAUUAACACAAGCAAGAUAUAAAACUUUUAGGAAUGUGCAGCAAAGCUGUCAGUUUAACACAAAAAAUGUAUUUGUCUCAUCUCACUUUUUAAAAACUGGAUUAAAAAGGCAGUGGUCUGAAAAUG